UGCAGUUCCUCUCCACUUCAUUUGCAGUUACGCUAACUUUGUGUUAAGUUGUAGGUUAAGGUUUUGUCGUGCCGACGCCUAACCUUAAAUGUUUUAAAAAAAAAAUUACAAAAAAAAUAUAAAAUUACAGAAAAAACAAAAAAAAAAGAGUAAGAAGAACAACGAUUUUAACUUCCAAAGAACCAGUAUACGUAACCAAUUUAUAUACAAGAAUUUCUAAAGUUUUUAUUCGCGCUCAAAAUUUAUCUGGAAAAUGAACCAACAAGGAACACCAAACUAUCCCAUCGCAUCUCUUUACGUUGGAGAUCUGAAUCCUGAUGUUACUGAAGCUAUGCUGUUCGAAAAGUUCAGUGCUACUGGUCCAGUGUUGUCCAUACGAGUUUGUCGUGACUUAGUCACUAGAAGAUCUCUUGGCUAUGCAUACGUAAAUUUUCAACAACCAGCAGAUGCUGAACGUGCUAUCGAUACAAUGAAUUAUGAUCCUAUUAAGGGUAGGCCAUGUCGUAUCAUGUGGUCUCAACGAGAUCCUACUCUUCGUCGAUCUGGAGUAGGGAACAUUUUCAUCAAGAACUUAGACAAAAACAUAGAUAACAAAGGGUUAUAUGAUACUUUCAGUGCUUUUGGUAAUAUUUUGUCAUGUAAAAUAGCUACUGAUGGAAAGGGCUCUUCCCGUGGUUAUGGAUUUGUGCAUUAUGAAACAAAGGAAGCUGCUCAGGAGGCUAUCGCAAAAGUUAAUGGCAUGAUGUUAAAUGACAAAAAAGUAUUUGUUGGUGAGUUUAUGUCGAAGAGGGAACGACUUGAGAAACUUGGUGAUCAAGCCAAGAAAUUUAAAAAUGUUUUUGUUAAGAACUUUGGUGACACCCUUGAUGAGGAGAAGCUUCGUGAAAUGUUUUCCACCUGUGGUGAGAUAACUAGUUGUGUCAUCAUGACUGAUGAAGAAGGAAAAUCAAAAGGAUUUGGAUUUGUCGCAUUUGAAAGCCACGAAGCAGCUGAUAAGGCUGUUGACGAUUAUAACGACUAUGAAAUUCAAGAUAGGAAAAUAACAGUAUGUCGAGCGCAGAAGAAGCAGGAGAGAUCAAUGGAACUCAAAAACAGAUUUGAAGCACAAAAAAUGGAACGAAUUAACAGAUAUCAAGGAGUGAAUCUGUAUAUCAAAAAUCUUGAGGAUGGCAUUGAUGACGAGAAAUUACGUUCAGAAUUUUCCACGUAUGGUACUAUUACAAGUGCUAAAGUGAUGAAAGAUGACAAAGCAAACUCUAAGGGAUUUGGUUUUGUGUGUUUUUCAUCUCCGGAUGAAGCAACCAAAGCUGUUACUGAAAUGAAUGGUCGUAUUUUGGUUACUAAACCACUGUAUGUGGCUUUGGCACAACGUAAGGAAGAGAGAAGAGCCCAGCUUUCAACACAGUUUAUGCAAAGAGUUGGUCCCCUCAGAUAUAGCGGCUCUGGUAUGCCACAACAACCAGGAUAUUCCUUUCAAGGUGGCCAACCUGGUUUUUACAUUCCGUCCAUGCCACAAGGACAACGCGCUUUUAUAACCCAACCAGUUAACCAGAUGACUCGCCCAAGAUGGCAAUCACCCAGACCAAUGAACACGUCUUAUCCACCUGUGGGUCAGAUGAGAGGUGCACGCCCUCCGCGACAUCAAACCAACAUGCCACGACGUGAUGCACCCUAUCAACCUGGAAUGGGUGGACGUGGUGUACCAGGUCAGCAAAUCAUGCGUCCUGCAGGACCUCCACAACAACAGCAAAGAGGAGCUUACAAAUUGACAUCCAAUACAAGAAAUCAAUACCCAGGCCAGGUCAUGCAGCAAGCACCAGCUGAGCAAGCGCCUGUGCAAGUGAUGCAGGGUGCUCACGAACCUUUGACUGCAUCCAUUCUUGCUACUGCCACACCCAGUGAACAGAAACAGAUGAUUGGCGAACGUUUGUUCCCACUUGUCCAAGAAUAUCGACCUCAGCUAGCGGGAAAGAUUACUGGAAUGUUGUUAGAGAUUGACAAUACUGAGUUGCUGCAUAUGUUAGAGUCUCGGGAAUUGCUAAGUUCCAAGGUGGAAGAAGCAGUCCAAGUACUUCAAGCCCAUCAAGCUAAAGAAGCGGCUGCAACUGCUGCUGGUACGGCUGUAGAAAAGAAGUAAAAAAACGUUCUUCUACCAACCAGGCAUGUUUUUUAUUUUAAUGGACAAGUGGAAGAAAUAUGGUUUUAAAAGAAUACAAGAUUAUUUUGAAAAGUGAAAUGCAUUAUAGUUAAGCUAUCAGUUAAUACAAAAAAAACAACUUGUCGAGUUCUUAUCUCAAAUGUAGUUGAAGUGGCAUUUUUAGGUAGUUAGCGAUAAGUUGUUGUUGAAGUAUCGUAUUUAUGAUUCAGUGUCUUAAAUGCGCACCCUUUCUGAUUGUGUCUCGUGCUAGUGGAUUUCUUUUGUUAGGACUCCUUGUGUUCUCAGAGAUUUGUUUUUGUUUGUAAGGAAAAGUUAUUUUGAAACGGAGAGUGUUUUUCAGGGUUGAUGUUUUUUAUAGGAAGAAAACUGUCUUGAGAAUUAAAGUUUGUGUGUACUAAUGAAUGUCUAGAACGAUAUUUUAUUACGGGAAAAGUUAUUUCUUCUAUAUGCUUGUGAAAGUGAUGAAAACAUGCCUGUGUUUUUAAGUAAAAGAAUAUUUACUCGAA